AUGCUUCUCUGGACACUUCUUCCCACAGCGCUAGCGCUCGCUCCAGUGGUGGAUUUCCGUGUUCCAGGCAUGGACAAGGUGCUCUCCCUGACUGGCAGACACGUCCAGCCUCUCGUGGAGAUCCACAAGGUCCUGGAGGUUCAACAGUCGCUGGAGGUUCAACUGUCGCUGAAGGCGUCCAUCCAGUUUAGCGAGACGGUGCUUCCGUUGAUGACCGACAAGGCUCGGUCCAUCUACUAUCUUAAUCUGCAAAUCGGCGACAAGUCGAGUAAAAAAGAGUUUCCGCUUCUUUUGGACACUGGCAGCGGCAUCUCGUGGAUCAUGAACGAAUCGUGUACUAGCAGCGCCUGUUCCAACGGUGCCAAAUACUCCAGUUCCGUGAAAACCUCAAAGUCGUUUUCCCUCUCGUACUCGGGCAGCCACGUCAACGGCGAGAUGGUCAAUGCGGCUGAAAACAACCUCGAGUUCGUCUUGGGCGAUCUGCUCAAACUCACCAACUACUCCUUCGGUUUGGCACUGACGGCGCCUGAUUUCUUUGAAAACUUCAAUCUUAGCGGCAUCCUCGGCGUCCAGGCCCGCUACGACGAUCGGGAGAAAUCCAACAUGCUUCACCAGCUCUACUACUCUGGCGACAUUGACGCCAUGCAAUUCGCCAUUGUGCUUGAUGGAGCCGCCACCAACGGCACGCUAGGCGGUUUGUUUAUCGCAGGCAAGGACGCCACAAAGUACUCCAAGGAAUUGGCAUCCUCCGAUAUUCAAUACUGUGAUGUGCUCACCAACGACCAGCUGUUCUGGAUGUUGAACAUCACCGAAGUGCAUUCCAACAAAAACACCGUCAUCAACGGCUGCAGAAGCGCCAUCAUCGACACGGGCACUACGGGCAUGGCUCUCCCCAUGAAAGACGCCACGGCUUUCCAUGAGGCCAUCUUCGGCUCAGACUACAUUGGUGAUUCAGAGGGAAACUUUGCAUUCAGGUGCAAUGCCACAGGCAAUGUAUCUUUCGUCAUCGACAACCACACCUUCAACCUCCCUGUGGGAAACAUCAAGGCUCUGGCGUACGAGCUGACGGUGCUCCAAGGGUACUGUGCAUCGAAGGUGCAAGGCAUGGACUUGGACAACUGGAUUCUCGGCGCCAGCUUCCUCAGCGAGUUCUAUACGAUUUUUGAUCUCGAGCACAGCCGCGUGGGCUUCGCUCCAAGGUCUGAGUCUGAGUCUGAGUCUGAGUCUGACCAAAAGCCUGAGUCUGACUAA